GUUCGCCAACUGAGUCAGUCAACGUGGGAAAAUGAUUGUGAAACUCGCAGUCGCUUUCUUACUCAUCGGCGCAUUUAUUGAAGGAUUCCCUUUCCCGCAGGCUGGAAACCGCAAAGAAACCACACAGCCUGCUGAUAAGGGAUGCACGAGGGAUUCUUGGACGACCAAUGUCGAAACUUGCGUGUGCAAGGACGGAGUGACGACAUGCCGUAAAACAUCCGAGAUGCACACUCCGCCGGAACCUUUCGUGAGGUUUUUAUACCAACCGGCGUACGUAUUAUACCCAUAUCCAGUCGGCUACCCGGCAUACAACCCGACCUACUCCAACAUGCGUCCUAGCAAUUACACAGGAUACCGUCCAGGACACUCAGGAUACUACCCGUUCCGUCUUAACUACACCAAGCCACACACUCCGACUUAUUACAACCCAUAUCCUUACUAUUAGAUAAAUCUAGAAAGAAUGUAAUAGUUCUGAUAAAAUUAAAAGUUUUCAAAAUUA